AUGGCUGAGCACUGAAAGAACACGGCGAGAGAUCAGAUACUAAGAGAUCAGAUACUAAGAGAUCAGAUACUAAGAGAUCAGAUACUAAGAGAUCAGAUACUGAGCGCAGUUUCACUUUUUUCCUUUUUUAUUUAUAAAAGAAAAUCCAGACGAAUUCAGCAUAGUGAUGCAGUGAGGAGUUCAGCUCAAGAAGGAAAACUAUACACACUGCUUCUCAUUAGACAGGCAGACAGACAGACAGACAGACAGACAGACAGACAGACAGACAGACAGGCAGACAGACAGACAGACAGAUCAAAAGUAAAGACACAUCUGGACACAGCUCAUUUUAUUGUGUGGAGUAAAAAGCAUAGUAUUUUUAUUCUCUGCAGUUCGUUCCGUCUUUGUCGCCCCCUCAGGGUGUUAUGGGAAACUACAGCUCUACAGAGAUUGAAGUUUUCAAAGGCAUCGUAUCAGCAGCAGGGAGCGAAACAAACAGCCCUGAGAACCAAAUAAACAUGUCAGAUGAAGUGUGGGAACAUAUGAGGGGAACGCUGCAGGAACCUGAUCUGUUCUCCCUCAAGUUCCUCCAAAACAUCACAGAGACCACUGAAGAACCUUCAGAUCAUGAAACACUUUAUCCUCCAAAACCAGAAGUCUCUCCAUCUCUGGAGGUUUCCUCUGCAUCUUCUAACUCCUCCUCCCUGAAUGUCUCUUCCCUCAUGUCCAUCCUCAGAUCCUCAGAUUCCUCCUCAUCACAGCCUAAACCCCCCCUUACAGCUCACAGCCCUCCCACUUUACAGAAACUCAGUGUGGAACUUCAAGACAUGAGAGAAGAACUGGAGCUGCUGAAGACACAGCACAAGAGAGAAAUUAAACUGCUGAUGAACGAGUUGGAUGAAGAGAAGAAAAUGCGCCUUUCACUGCAGGUGGAGGUGGAGCGUCUUAAGAAGCACAUGUCUAAAUAAGACAUGCAUGUGGCGAGUUGUAAAGGCGUUUCCAUAACAACUGUGGAAGGUAAACAUGCUCCUGGGAUGAAAAGGCUGUUUAAACACACAGUUUUAUAUCUUCUUUGUUUUUGUGUCCCUCAAGUGCGUCAGCUGAAAGACGUUCUUCAGUCGUACUAACACUAUUAAGUUCCAUAAUUACACCAGAAAUAAACACACCACUGUGUUGUGCCUUCAGAUCUACUCCAUUUUAUUCAUUUUUCUUCUACAACAUGCUAUCUAGAACAUGACAUGAAAACGGCCAUCUUCUACUUACCAUAUAUGGUCAUAGUUUCCUGUUCAUGUUUAUCAUGAAACUUUAUGUUAAUUAUGUUUAAGACUGGAUGAUAUAGCACAAAAUAUCAUGUUCUGACUUAUAUUGUAAUAAUAUAUGAUUUAUCCUAAAGAUUAAUAUAUAUUAAAUAUAAAAGCUUUAUUAAUAUAUUCAUAUUAGGUGUUAGAGUGAAUAUAGAGUUAACUCCUGAACACACAAGUGUAUGAUGAACACACUGCUCAAGGCUUUAUGAAACUCUCAGCGCCAUCUGCUGGAGAGCCGGUUUAAAGGCGUUGGAGUAAUGGACCAGUUACUUUACUGUCAUUUUCUUUAAAGCAAACUGUAAAGUCCUGAAAUAAAAUCUCUUCAAACAUA